GCCGCCUCCCGCCUCGCUCAGCGCCGCUGCCGCGGGCUGCUCCGCGCCCGCUCCCCAUCCCGGUGCCGUCCCCGCUCCCGCUCGGGCGCGUCUCCUCGGCUCUGGCGGCUCGGCCCCGCGGGCCCGCGGCGGAGGCGCUUCCCCGGCAGGUUUUCAGGAACCUUAUGCUCAUAAAUAAAAUAAUAGAAAAAUGACAUUAAGGAAAGUGAACAUUUCCAUCCUUAUUGUGGCUGUUGUAAUAUUUUUGCUAGUUCUUCAUCAUAACUUCCUGAGCCUCAGUGACUUCCUGAAACGGGAGUUAUCAGAUUCGAGUCCCUUAGGACUUCAGCCUAUAGACUUCAUUCCUGCAGCUCCCCAGAGGCUGAUAGAUGAGAGGAAUGAUAAGGAGAUUUCUGUGGUCAUUGCAGCGUCAGAUGAGAGGCUUGGGGGUGCAAUUGCAGCCAUGAAUAGCAUUUACCAUCACACCAGAUCCAACGUGGUUUUCCACAUUGUUACUUUGAAUGAUACAGUGGAUCACUUGAGGCUGUGGCUAAGUGGCACUGCUCUGAAAAACAUGAGAUACCGAAUUCUGGAUUUUGACCCUCGUGUCUUAGAAGGGAAAGUACAAGUGGAUCCCCAAAAGGCAGACACCUUCAAACCAUUAACCUUUGCAAGAUUCUACUUGCCCAGUUUGGUACCCCAUGCCGAGAAGGUGAUCUAUGUGGAUGAUGAUGUGAUAGUGCAAGAUGAUAUUCUUGACCUUUACAACACUCCAUUGAAACCUGGCCAUGCAGCUGCGUUUUCAGAUGAUUGUGACUCAACCACUAGCAAAGUUGCUGUCCGUGGAGCAGGGAAUCAGUAUAAUUACAUUGGCUUUCUAGACUACAAAAAAGAAACCAUCCGAAAGCUGGCCAUGAAAGCCAACACCUGCUCCUUCAACCCAGGAGUGUUCGUGGCCAAUCUGACAGAGUGGAGAUUACAGAACAUCACCAAACAGCUGGAGAAGUGGAUGGCACUUAAUGUCGUAGAGGAACUUUACAGUAAGACUCUGGCUGGCAGCAUCACAACACCUCCACUGCUGAUUGUGUUCUACAAGCAACAUUCCAGUAUUGAUCCCAUGUGGAACGUCCGACAUCUCGGGUCUAGUGCUGGGAAAAGGUACUCUCCUCAGUUUGUGAAAGCUGCCAAGCUGCUCCACUGGAAUGGACAUUUCAAACCUUGGGGAAGAACAGCUUCCUAUGCUGAGGUCUGGGAGAAGUGGUAUGUCCCUGACCCCACGGGCAAGUUCAGCCCGCUCCGCAGACACUCGGAAGCCUAUGAAGCCAAGUAGAGUCAAUGUCAAUAACUGAUGGUGCUUUCUCAGGAAACUUCUGGAGCCAAGCAGAACAUUUUUAUUUUUUUUAUUUUUUUUUUGCUUUAGCCAACUUGUAGUACAGAGCCAUCCUUGCCUUCUGGAGCACAAGGUGAUGCACUCAUUCAGCUGCAGUUCUGCAAUGCACAGGUCCAAAGCAGGCUCGUGUCACCUGUGUGACAGAAGAUGCUGCUCCAGCAGCACUACAGAAAGCAAGGGAGGAUCUCCACAAACAGGCACUUUGUUUAGAUCAUUUCAGUCGUGUCCUUCUGCUCUUUACUACAAGUCUUUUAGCAGAGGAUCAUUUUGUCAGUUACAGAAACGACGUUUCUAAGAACAAGAUAGAAAUUCAUUUGGUGCUUGCACCACGCAAAUCUUGCACAUCAAUGUACUGUAAUUGAGAGUUGCUUGGGUUCUGGGUUUGGUUUUUGUUGUUUGGUUUGGUUUGUUAUUCUGUGAAAUAGUUCCCUCAACAACCCUUUCAUGCAUGAAAUCUCCCAACCAUUUCUGUGUAAGUCUUUCUUGCAGAACUCUACAAAACUGAACUUUUUAUGAAAAAGAUGAAUUCUUCAAGUAUUAUUUCGCUAUGCAAAGUGGUUUUAACUGCCCGUGAACACUAAACCAUUUUUUGUAAAGUGGUGGAUGAAACCUUGUUCAAAAAUAAAGCUGACUGUAACAUGUUGA